AUGAAAGACGCCAUUAUGCAGGGCUUAUCUGAAGAAGAAGCCGAUCAUAGCGCCGUUGAGGCGUCUUACACUAUCUCAAAUUGUAGUUUCACCCCUUACUCGUCGCUUGGUGUAUGCCACUCAAUUGAGGAUUGGACACAACAUAUCCUCAAGCAAUGCGGGACUAAUAACACUCGCCAUUCUAAAUGCAGUUCUUCAGUGCUGGAGAUUCAGCAGCAUCCCGCUUUCAGGCUCGAGAACUCCAACGUAUCGGCGAGCGGGAUGACAAUCCUGAUGAGUGCAUUCCAAUACAACACAUCCCUUUUGGAGCUUUCUCAAGAAACACAGACGAGUCAUUAUCCCGAUCAUCGAGCGCAUGCUUAUACUGAUGUCUUUGAGUUUCCAGCGAACGACGUGCUGGGAGAAUUCUAUGUUUUCUAUCCAUCAUCGGAGCCACGGAAUCAAGGCAACGUGUUUCAAUACGCGUUCAAGGGUACAUUGUCCUUGUGUGUGUAUACUUUCAAUACGACCAUUGUCAAUGGCCAAACGAAGACAAAGGUCCUUGACAUCACUAGAAAUCUGCCUUGGCAAGUCGAGAGCCAAGUGGUAGAAUCUGAAGGGAAUGUCCGCCACGAUGUGUAUGCCACCUAUUCUGACGAGUUUCAACGCAUGAAAGUUGGGAUGGAUGGCAAGAGCAGGCAAAGUAUCACCAAUUACCUGGCGCGUGAAGUGUUUUACGGCAGCUGGGACGGGGGGCUUCAAACUGAUUCAACCAUGUCCACCCACAAGGACCAUCCACGAGCUUCGAGUGACGCUUUCAGGGCCAUAGAUCGUGCUUGCAUUUGCCCUCUUGUUGGCGGUGAUUAUGUCGAGCCGGCGCCACGGCAUUCCCGCCUGGAAAAGCAGCAACCAGCAACUGACGUCGAUGCUCGAGCCGAUAACCAGUGA